AUGCCGGCACUAAGGGCUACGGUACCCAAAGAGGACCGAAACAUCUCGCCUCCCCGCACUGAGGGGAAGGGCAACCGUUCGCUGGGGAAACCGAGGUACAGCAGAGAGGAGUGGGAAGUCGCAAUCACGUGGCGAGCCAGCGACAGAGAUGCAGCCGGCAGCCACGACUUCUGCCUCCCAGCCACGCACUCCAGAGGGACACAGGUGGUGAAGUAUGGGGCAAUUGCUCUGUCCCGUGUGGCAUCGAGGGAGCCUCAGCUGGAGUACCUUCUGCGCUUCGCCGAGGUGCCGCCCGCCCUGCAGGGGCUCCGCGGGCUGCAGAGCCUCAGCCUCGGCGGUAACCGCCUCCACGGCAUCCCGCCCGACAUCCAGGAGCUCCGCAGUUUAGAGUUUCUAUACCUUGGAGGGAAUUUCAUUACUUCAAUUCCACCUGAAUUAGCAAACCUGCCUUCUCUAAGUUAUCUAGUUCUGUGUGACAACAAGAUCCAGAGCAUUCCACCUCAGCUGGCACAGCUGCAUUCCCUGCGCUCCCUUAGCCUGCACAAUAACCUGCUGACUUACCUUCCUCGAGAGAUCCUUAACCUGGUUCACCUGGAAGAGCUGAGCUUGCGUGGGAACCCACUGGUGGUUCGCUUUGUCCGUGACCUGACCUACAAUCCCCCGAGCCUUCAGGAACUGGCUGGACGCACAGUUAAAACUCGCAAUGUUCCCUAUGCUCCCAGUGAUCUCCCGGAGAAUCUUGUCCGGUAUCUGAGCUUGGCCAGCAACUGUCCCAAUCCUAAAUGUGGGGGUGUCUACUUUGACAGCUGCGUCCGACAAAUCAAGUUCGUUGACUUCUGUGGGAAGUAUCGCCUCCCGCUGAUGCACUACCUGUGCUCCCCAGAGUGCUCCUCUCCCUGCAGCUCUGCCUCCCAGAGCUCCACUUCCCAGAGCGAGUCCGACUCCGAGGACGAAGCCAGCGUCGCUGCGCGCAGGAUGCAGAAAGUCCUUCUGGGAUAAUGGGGAGCGAGAGGGGAAGACGGGAAGGAAAACGUGUUUGAAAAGCAGUAAUGGAACAGCGAAGCAUGAGCCUCUGGGCUGAAGGGCUCACGAGAAACUGUCCUCAAGUCCAUGUAAAGGGCAGAACAUCUUAGCAAGCCUAGACUUGCUUGGUGCAGUGCUACUUAGGAGAACUAACUCGGUGGCAUACUGCCUGUAGCAUGCCUGGGGUUGUUAGAAACAUCUCCUGUCUGGGAGACGUCCCCCCUCCCUCGUACGGGCUGGGGAGGGGGAUUUGUUCUCACUGGCGGAUUGAGAAGGGUUUUAAUAUAUGACACUUCACUGGACUUCAGUCAUCCUGCAGAGCAAAGGAGACUGUCCAGAUCUUUUAACACUGUGGUAAAUCAGAAACAGGCUAAUGAUGCCAUGUGAGUAUGUAUGGGCCCCAAUGUUUUAUAUAGUGUUUUGAUUCUUGGCUGUCUCCUUUGAUUUCAGUUACAGAUUUUAGACCCAUCCACUAGAAAUGGGAGUUGUGUUGGGGUUUUUUUGUUCAGGAGUAGAUUUUUCCAAACUCUGGUUAUUCUUUCUUUGCCUAGAGGCGUAGGGUCCCUGUGCUGUUACAGAUGUUACAGCCAUCAUAGAACUGAGCCACCUUUUUUUCUCCCUUGUUAUACCAAGCUGCUCUUAGUGUUUCCUCCUAACUGUAUUCAUUAUUUUUCCUUGCUCUGCCUCUUCCCAUUACACCUGGAGCAUUGCUGUCUUUAUGGUGCCUUCAGAAAACAGACGAGUUGUGCUAUUGAGACUUGGUAUUACUUCAGACUUGUGACCGUACAUGCCUAUGCAAGGGACCAGAUGCGAUGCUCUGUAUCAUGUUUUUGAGACUCAGCUUGCUGGAGCAUAUCUGCUUUUAUAUCUGUGAAUUGCAGGAAAGGUCUUGAGUGACAUUUCUAACCAGCCAUGUCCCCCUGCUGCAGGUAGCUCUGCUAUGCUUGGUACAGAGUUACUUUCUGUCUUUAAGGUCAUCUGCUUAAAGUAGGCAGCAGCUUAAUGAAUUGGAAGUACUGAGAGAAGUGCUGUGGAGAAUGUUUUGUUGGUGUUUUUUUUUCCUUAUUCAUAACAUGAGAGGAAAAGCCAGUAGGGAGGCUAAGGCGUGUUGUCCAAGCAUCUUGCAUGAGGUGGCUUUGAAACCUCUUCCUUAUUUAUUUGUUUGCAUUUGCUCUUGUUAGAAUAGCUUUGGCAGUCUGUUGGGUUGUUCAAAUAACACAUUCAGUUAUCUUAAACUAUGUUUAAAGGAAAGCUGCAGAAAAUAGCUCAGAUUUUCUAAGUAUCAAAUAGCUUAUAAAAAUUAGUAUUAUGAAUUGGCAGGUAUCUAUAAAUCUACUUUAUGGGGCUGUUGUGUGUUUUGCUCAGUGAGAGCUGCCCCUUUAUUAAUAUUUCAUGGCAGACAGUCCUUUUGAUGCAGUUUCAGCUUGAGCAAAUCCAACUGUGCCUUCGAAUGCAUGAGCAGAGCAAAUACAUUGUGUUAAGAAGCUGAAUGAACAAGAAAAACUUUUCUUAACCCACUUUGGUCCUAAGGGGGAAAUUAAAAACCUGUGCUCCUCUCCUGCAUUCAGAAAACGCAGGUACCUGUUUGAAUAUCUUAUGGCAGCUCUGUGUUAAUGGUCCUGUUUAAUUAUAUUUGACACUUUAUAUAUUAAAGCACUUUGAUAA